AUGGUCGAUCAACAUCUAGUUAAGGACCGUGUAUUUUCAUUUUGGUUGAACCAACAAUCUAAGGAUGGUGAAGGUGGUGAAAUCAUUUUUGGUGGCGUUGAUCCGAACCAAUAUAAGGGUACACAUACUUACGUUCCAGUGACGCAAAAGGGUUAUUGGCAGUUCGAAAUGGGUGAUGUACUUAUUGAUGGGAGACCUACUGGCUUUUGUAAGGGCGGAUGUUCGGCAAUUGUAGAUUCGGGAACUUCAUUGAUAGCAGGUCCAAUGAAUGCCAUCACAGAGAUAAAUCUUGCAAUCGGGGCUAUGGGAUUCAUUAGUGAUCAUUGUCAUAGAGAUAUUCGGAAAGUGGGAAACCUAAUCUUUGAUAUGUUUUUCAUAAUGUUUAAAGAACCUGGGAAUUUUUGCUCCCGUAUUACACUUUGUGUUCCUGGUGAUAAAGCUGUUGACGGUAAUGACAUUUGGAGUUCGUUCGAUAUGAGUGAUGGUUUAUCUGGACCUCCACAACUCCCAAUAUGUAAAGCCUGUGAGAGUGUAGUAGACUUCGUGUAUAAACAGAUCCAAAACAACAUGACACGAGGUGAAGUCAUUAAAUUUUUCAGCCAACUAUGUGCUAUGGCGGGUUUAGCAGGAGAGUCAACCGUAGACUGUGCAAGACUUCCUCUUAUGCCUACUAUUUCAUUUACGAUUGGGGGCAAAGAAUUCGAACUUUCUCCCAAUGAGUACAUAACUAAGAUUGGCGAGGGUGCUAGUGCUCAGUGCGUAAGUACCUUCAUUCCUAUGGAUAAUCCACCUGAGGGUGCCCCGCUUUGGAUACUGGGUGAUGCAUUUAUGCGUCGUUACCACACUAUAUUUGAUCAUGGUAAUCUCAGAAUUGGAUUUGCAGAAUCGGCAUAA